UGCAGAUUAACAUGUAAACAAAAAAAUCCGGUUUAUUUCGAUUUUAAUUUAGACUCUUUAUUAAAUAACUAAUUAGGAUAAAUGGAUUUUAAGUAUUAAGGAUACAAUGGCCUCUUCUCAAGAUGCCUGGUAUCUGUCUCUUCUAGGUUUAGCCGAAUAUUUCAGGACUUCCAGUCCCCCAAUGAUAAAGACAUGUAUUCAGUGUCUACAGGCUGUUUUUAAUUUUAAACCACCUCAGAGAGUCGAAGCAAGAACGCAUUUACAACUCGGAAAUAUCCUUUUAACUCAUACAAAGAACAUAGACCUAGCUAAGAACCAUUUAGAGCAAGCAUGGUUGCUCUCUCAAGCAAUUAACUCAUUUGAUGAUGUCAAAUUUGAAGCUGCUAGUGUUUUGGCUGAGUUAUAUGAACAACAGGAUCAGAUUUCUUUAUCCAAACCAAUCUUGAGAAAAGCUAUAGAGUUGUCUCAACAUAAUGUGUACUGGCAUUGUAGACUAAUUUUUCAACUUGCGCAAAUCCAUGCAACUGAGAAGGACUACACUUUAGCCAGCAGUUUACUGGGUGUUGGAGUAGACUAUGCUCAUAUUUCAAAUGCUUCGUACACAAGAGUCCUAUUUCUCUUAAGUAAAGGAAUGUUACUAUUAAUAGAUAAAAAGCUACAAGAAGUCCAACAGGUAUUAAACCAAGCAGGACAUUUAAUAGAGACGUGGACAGGGGCUGUAUACCAGAAGGAAUAUGUUAAAGUCUACUAUUUGGUUUUACAGGUCUGUCUUUACUUAAUGGCUGGACAAGUCAAAAGUGUUAAACCUUGUCUAAAACAAUUACAGCAGAGUAUUCAAACCAUAAUGGCUACUGAUGACGUAUUUAUGGGACCUAGUGCCGGAGAUAUGUUUCUAUGGAUGCCAAAAGAACAUUUAUAUGUUCUUGUUUAUUUGGUUACAGUGAUGCACAGCAUGCAAGCAGGAUAUAUGGAAAAAGCUCAGAAAUACACUGACAAAGCUUUAAUGCAGAUCGAAAAACUAAAAAUUGUAGAUAACAAGCCAAUCUUAUCAGUAUUUCAAUUAAUGCUCCUGGAACAUAUAAUCAUGUGCAGAUUGGUGAUGGGCAAUAAAACACAAGCACUACAAGAAAUAUCAUCUGCAGCAACUUUGUGUAAACAGUGUCCUAAAUUAUUAGAAACUCACGGCCCACAGUUGCACACCUUGCUGGGUCUUUAUUCUAUGAGUAUGAACUGUAUGGAAGCGGCUGAGGCUCAAUUUAUUGCUGCUUUAAAUACGUCUAGAGAGAGGGAAUUAUGGACUUUUGCCAACUUAAACCUCGCUAUCGUAUACUUGAGAGGUAAAAGGGAAGCAGAUUUCAACGCGUUACACGAAAGAAUCAACCCAGAAAGUUUACCGUCCCAUUCGCACAGUCUUAGGGCUGCUGCCUAUUAUGUACAAGGCCUGCAAGCAUUCUUUCAAGGACGGUACAACGAAGCCAAGAGAUACCUGCGAGAAACCCUGAAGAUGGCCAAUGCUGAAGACUUAAAUCGGUUAACAUCGUGUUCACUUGUUCUUCUCGGUCAUAUAUUUCUGUCUUUAGGCAACAGCAGAGAAAGUAUGAAUAUGGUAACUCCAGCGAUGCAACUUGCAAGUAAAAUACCGGACGUUCAUGUUCAGUUAUGGGCUUCAGCAAUUCUUAAAGAUUUACAUAGAAUUUGCGGUGAUAGCCAGCGAGAGAACGAGGCGUACCAAAGGCACGUAAAUUUCUCACAGAUGUUGCUAACCGAUCAUUUCCAAGCGUCUCAGAUGCCGGAACAUAAUCUGAUAAUGUGGACACAGGGUAACUUUCCGUCGAACACUACAAAUGAACCGAGUACUUCAGGAGCUUUAUUAUAAAAUCUUUAUUUUUUUAAUUUAUUAAAUUUUUUAAUAAGA